AUGGUUUCUCCCUCCCAGAAGCCAACAGUUUGUAACAACAUGGCGGCACCCGGUAGGCACGUAGGGCGUUAUAUCCAACAAAACAGCCGAGUUUUGAUAAAUAAUUUCGAGCAGUUAUGGGGUCACAGGAGUUUUGGUUGGACUCCAGCUCUUCGACAACAUGCAGUUGCUAAUGAAGAAUCUACAGGUACUAUUGUGAUCCCCAGGAAGAAAACAUGGAGCAAGGAGGCAGUGCUGGAGGCUCUGGCGUCAACUGUCAGCAGGGAUCCGACAGCCUAUUCCUACCAGUUCCAGGAUGAUCCUUACCUCUCUCCCAGGACCUCUUCUGAGUUUAAGCUCUACUCUCUCUCUCAGGAGUCUGGCAGAUCAGCAGCCAGAUUUUUUGUCAACAGCAAUCCUAAAUUCUUCACCAAAGACUUUGCUGAACCACAUAUACCAUGUCUGAUGCCAGAGACUGUGUCACUGCUCCUUGAGGAGGUGAGUGAGGAGGCACUGAAGGAACGAAUCAACUUGAGGAAAGUGACAGCUGCUGUUGACAUGUUUGAUCAACUACUGCAAGCUGGCACAGCAGUCUCUAUGGAAACAACCCAUGAAUUGUUAGACCUGCUCUGUCUAUACUGUGACAGAGACCCUGUCCAGGAGGGAGAACCACAACCAGAGGACAUGGAAGAGUCAGGAGAGGAGGUGAAGAAAAGGAAAGGGAGGUUCCGCCGGGCUGCGGACCUCCUGAGGUUCACCUGGAGAGAAAACAACAACGCAGAGAGAAUCUUUAACCUGCUGCCGGAGAGAGACACACUGUGUUACUCUGCUCUGAUAAGAGGCAUGGUGAAGCAUGGAGCCUAUGCAAAGGCCUUCAGCAUGUACACAGACAUGCUUAACAACAGAAUGACCGCGGACGUGCACAUCUUCAACGCUCUGUUGUUAGCAGCUCCAGAUGUCCGAGAUAAAUACAACGAGAGAUGGGACCUCAUCGUUGAGUUGUUGAACCAGAUGAGUCAACAGAAAGUUCAGCCCAACCUGCUCACCUUCAACACCGUUCUCAAAGCUCUGAGGCGCUGUGGCUUUCUGGCAAAAACACAAGCUCUGCACACUCUGAAUGAGAUGAAGGCUUUGGGAAUAGCUCCCAGCCUGGCCUCCUUCGACCACAUCCUGGCAGUCUUUUCCAAAGCAGGCUCCUCUGGCCAGGGCAACACUGACAUUUUACAGGAAGUGAUGUCAGAGCUGGCAGGAACCAGCUUCACCUGCCAGGACCCCAAUGAUGUUCUAUUCUUCUCUAGCGCAAUGAGAAUAUGUCUAGAUAAUAAAGAUUUGGAGCUGGGUUAUAAGGUCCACAGUCUAGUGGAACAGGGGGAGAACUGGAGGCUUCUGGGAGAUUCCUACCAACAGAGUAUUUACUAUGGUCGCUUCUUCAACCUGCUGUGUAUGAUGGAGCACAUUGACGUGGUGUUGAAGUGGUACAGACGCCUCAUUCCCUCGUUGUACUACCCGAACCCUCAGGGACUGAAGGACCUGCUGCAGGCUCUGGACACAGACAGUCGCCUGGACUUGCUGCCCACUAUAUGGAAGGAUAUCCGGACUCUGGGUCAUGAUAACAAGUCUGAUCUGGUGGAGGAGCUGCUCACCCUGAUGGCCAGAGACAGACACGGUCCUGAGGUUCAGGAGGCUUUUGCAGCGUGUGCUCUGGAUGUAAAGACUGUGUUUGAUGGGGACAGAGGGAAGCACAGUCUGGAGUGGAGUACCUCCGCCCUCUCACACAUCACCUCCCUGCUGCUGCGAGCCAACAAGAGCCAACAGGCCUGGGAGAUGCUGCAGCUCUUCAAAACCAAGAACAGAGUUCCUGAUGAGGGGCUGUUAGAGGACUUCCUGUCGAUGUGUCACAGCACAGGCUCGUCACAGAGAGCAGUGGAGCUGGUUCAGCAGUCUGCGGCCUUCUGUCUGUCUGCAACACCAAGACUGGCAAAACGAACACUGGCUGAGUUUGAUCUGACCGAGGAACAAAGAGCCGUAUUAUCUGACCUGGAGUCUACAGAAGAGCCCUCUGACUGGAGAAAAUAGUGGGUUACCAAUAUGACGCUGAUCCAUUAAUACAAACAUGUCACAUAUUGUGUGUAGUGUACUUGUUUUGUUAUCUGUGUAAUAAAAAUCUGUCACAUAAA